UUUAGCAACGAUCUUUUGUAACGUAACGUGCGAUUAUCGCAUGUUAGCUGUCCGGUGUGGUAGAAUAACACGUUAGGCUCGUCAUUAAACUCAGUAUGGUCGCCUGUCAGAGCUACUUUUCUAUGUUAGUUUUGUGUUUAAGUUAGCUACCAUGUUAGCAAGAAAGCCUUAGCGUCAGUUAACAGCUCACCUUGACGUAACGUUUGUUUUCAUUAGCAGAAAUGAGUUCGCAAAUCCGACAAAACUUCCACCAGGACUGCGAGGCUGCCGUUAACAGACAGAUAAAUCUGGAGCUGUAUGCUUCUUAUGUCUAUCUCUCUAUGGCAUACUACUUUGAUAGGGAUGACAAAUUCCUGCCGAAUUUUGCCAAGUUCUUUCGCACACAGUCCAAAGAGGAGCAUGAGCAUGCAGAGAAGCUGAUGAGUCUGCAGAACAAGAGGGGGGGCAGAAUUUUCCUGCAGGACAUCAAGAAACCUGAUAGAGAUGAGUGGGGGAGCAGCGUGGAGGCCCUGGAGUGUGCCCUGCAGCUGGAGAAAAGUGUAAACCAAUCUCUGCUGGACCUGCAGAAACUGGCGACUGAACACAAUGAUCCUCAUAUGUGCGACUUCAUAGAAACACAUUUUCUGGACGAGCAGGUGAAAUCUAUCAAACAGCUCGCCGACUGGAUCUCAAACCUGCGCCGCAUGGGGGCCCCUCAGAGUGGCAUGGCUGAGUACCUGUUUGACAAACACACCAUGGCUGAGGAGGGAAGUUAAACUACACUGUGACCCUGUUCAUCUCGCUCACUUUUGCAUGUCUCUAUACCUGAAAUGUACUUUGUUUGCAAAAGCCAUAGAUAGUUCUCUAAACUGAACAACUGCAGACCUCGCUUCUCGUUACAUUCCAGAUUACAAACUAUCCCAGACGUGUUUUCUAGAAAUAAAGACUGAGCAAACCUUUAA